CUUCCGAACUUUGUACCCAGCAGCCGGCUCAGUACAUACAGUGAAGAAAAAACACCUUUGGGAAUUACAAUGGCAACCGCGGAGCAAGUGCCCACGGAGCGAAAGGCGAAUCCGGCCAAAUCUUUCCUCACAGGCGGCUUCGGUGGAAUUUGUAAUGUUCUUUCUGGACAUCCGUUAGAUACCAUAAAGGUGCGCUUGCAGACAAUGCCGCGACCGGCGCCUGGGGAGCAGCCACUCUACAGAGGAACCUUUGACUGUGCUGCGAAAACGAUAAAGAACGAAGGUGUUCGUGGCCUGUACAAGGGCAUGUCAGCUCCACUAACGGGUGUUGCACCCAUUUUUGCCAUGUGCUUUGCGGGCUAUGCGCUGGGCAAACGUUUACAGCAGCGAGGAGAGGACGCGAGGCUCACCUACUCACAAAUCUUUGUGGCCGGCUCGUUUUCGGGCCUGUUCUCCACGCUGAUUAUGGCGCCAGGAGAGCGAAUCAAAGUCCUGCUGCAAACACAACAAGGGCAGGGCGGUCAGCGUAAAUACAAUGGAAUGAUCGACUGCGCUGGCAAGCUCUACAAGGAGGGAGGACUUCGCAGUGUAUUCAAGGGCAGCUGCGCCACCAUGCUCAGGGAUCUGCCUGCCAAUGGACUCUACUUCCUGGUCUACGAGUAUAUACAGGAUGUGGUCAAGGCCAGAUCGGAAACCGGCCAAAUUAAUACUGCCUCAACCAUUUUUGCCGGCGGCGCUGCUGGUAUGGCGUACUGGAUCUUGGGCAUGCCAGCCGAUGUCCUCAAGAGUCGCCUGCAGUCCGCUCCCGAGGGCACAUACAAGCAUGGCAUACGAAGUGUUUUUGUGGAUCUCAUGAAAAAUGAUGGUCUGCUGGCAUUGUACAGAGGCAUAACCCCCGUUAUGUUGCGUGCUUUUCCAGCGAAUGCGGCCACAUUUUUUGGCAUCGAGCUGGCCAAUGCUUUUUUUCGCACUGUGGCCCCAGACUUUUAGGCAGACGAUUUAGAAGGCAUUUUAAGUAUACAAAAACAAAUGAAAAAAUUUAAUAAUACAAAUUUUGUUCAUAACAGCUAAUACAAAAUAUAUGUUUUAAUUAACAAUUUAUAAAAAAAAGGUUUAAUUGAAGCGCUUAAAAACAAAAGCGACGGCAAAUAUCAGAGGCUGUUGGUGGGGAUCUGUGAGCUCUCCUGGAGUCCACUCAAACUUUAUCCCCUCCAAUGGUGAAAUUAUUAACAAAGUGACGUUAUCCGCUACCACUAACUUAUUCACCACGCUCAAAAAGACAAGCGCAGAAAAGGGAUGGAGAUAGAGUAGUAAUUUCACCUUGAUCCCCCUCACUCGCUCUUCACUAACUCUUAAAUGUUGACAAUGUGCCCAUGCAAUAAAAAUAUGUAAAGGACAGAAAUUGUGGUGCUUUCGCCCUUAUUAAGCUAUUUUACGGUCAUGAUUAUCGAAAUUAAAUAGCUGUCGCU